AUGUCUCUUCAACCCAUUAAGGUCUGGGGCCAUGCCGGCACCCCCAACCCCUUGAAGGUGGUCAUGAUCCUCGAAGAACUCAAACUUCCCUACGAGCACACAUUCCUCGAUCUGAAAGAACUAAAGAAUGAGCCCUACACCUCCAUCAACCCCAACGGCCGUGUACCCGCCAUCGAGGACCCCAACACGGGUAUCUCCAUCUGGGAAUCCGGCGCCAUUAUCGAGUACCUGCUUGAGACAUACGACAAGGAGAACACCAUCAGCUUCCCUGCUGGCUCGAAGGAGCACUUCCAGUCCAGACAGUGGCUGCACUACCAGAUGUCUGGCCAGGGCCCGUACUUCGGCCAGGCGGCCUGGUUCACGAUCUAUCAUUCGGAGAAGGUGCCCAGCGCCGUUGACCGUUACUUCAACGAGAUCCGUCGGGUUACAGGCGUGCUCGAUAAGAUUCUGGAAGGAAAGGAAUACCUUGUAGGUGAGAAGUAUAGCUACGCUGAUGCUGUUUUCGUCCCUUGGUACGAUGUGGUUGCGUUCCUUUGGUCGGCGGAGAUCGGUGUCGAGAAGAACUUUCCUCAUGUCGAUGCGUGGUUGAGGCGGAUCCAGGCUCGCCCGGCUAUUUCGAGGGCGCUGGAUGAUAAGGCCAAGGCGCGAGCUGCAGAAGGGAAGUAG